UGCCGGAUGUCCAGCUUGUUGCUAACGCUACGCUCGUAGCGUCUGUGGAGCAGGCACGUUACAAAUUUUAACUCUGAAUUUUGUUCACUAGGUGAACAGUAUACGAACCUCAAAUUAACGUUCACAGUUGAAACUGUCUGAACAGUAAAAAAAAUUUUUUUUAUAAAGGUAGAAUUAUGACAUUUUAGCAGCUAAUCGAUAAUUCGCACCGGAAGUUGACUUUACAUGAGGAUGAGAGCUAGCUUACAUGAGCUCAUCUCGUGGUGAUGUUUCAACUGAUUAAUAACAGGCAGAAGAGCGACUACUGUGGAUAAAUGUGUGUUGUCAUUUAAAAAUUAAAGUUUAUCAUGAUGGCUGCUUUUCGCCGACUGAUGUUACGCCGUGUUUCUGAAAUGCAGAAACAAGGAGCAGGUCUAACACAGCUCAAGAGCUUUGCAUCCACACGGAGGAAACCAUCCAGCAUCUUUCUGAGAGAAAGGACAACAUUUAUCAGCAGUGUUAUGGAUAAUUAUACAGGCGAUCCAAGUAUUUCUUGCUUUAGAAAGCACUCAAGUUCAUUUAUGGAUGUUACAUCGCACGCGAGGAGAGUUUCUAUCGAGGGAAAUAUUGCUGUUGGAAAGUCAACUUUUGCAAAACUCCUGCAGUCGGCUUCUCCAGACUGGGAGGUGGUGGCAGAGCCUGUCAGCAGGUGGCAGAACAUUGAGGGCAAGACCUCAAAGGAAAUGGAUGCUUCACCCCAGACAACAGUCAGCAACCUGCUGCAGAUGAUGUACCAGGACCCUCAGCGCUGGUCCUACACCUUUCAAACAUAUUCCUGCAUGAGCCGACUGAGAACACAGCUUCAGCCCCCUCCAGCUCAUCUCCUCUACUCAGAGGGACCCCCUGUCCAGGUGUAUGAGCGCUCUGUCUACAGUGACAGGUACAUCUUUGCUCUGAAUAUGUUUGAACUGGGCUGCAUCAAUGCCACAGAAUGGACAGUCUAUCAGGACUGGCACUCUCUUCUGGUGGAGAGGUUUGGACACCAGGUGGAGCUGGAGGGCAUUAUCUACCUCAGAGCCUCACCCAAGAAAUGCAUGGAGCGUCUGAAGCUACGGGGAAGGCCAGAAGAGAAGGGAAUACAGCUGGACUACCUGGAAAAGCUGCAUGAACAGCAUGAGAAGUGGCUGAUAGAGAAGAGUACUGAGAUACACUUCGAGAAGUUGAAAAAGAUCCCCGUCUUGCAGCUCGAUGCCAAUGUUGAGUUUAAGAAUGAUCCCGAUGUGCGGGAGCUGUUCAUUACAAAGGUAAAGAACUUCUUUAAUGCUUUAUGAGAAGAUUCUCAUCAACAGCCGCUAACGGAGGGAAACAAAAAACAUCGAAUAACACAAAACAUCUGUUCAAAGAGAUGUAGAAAGAGAAAAUACAUGUAUUUUGUAAGCUGCUACCUUUGCAUGACCAGUCUAUUUAAGAUUCACAGAGUUUGUCUUUAUAUGAGUGUUUCGCUAAUAAUGAUGCCGUUACAUUUGUUUGUGAGUUAGUUCUCAGAACACUGGAUCGUUUUUCCCUACCAGCAUUCUUGAACUGGAAAACUGUACUCCUAUAUUUAUUUUUGAAACAAUGACUGCAGAUAAAUCCAGUAGUUUUUAUACCAAGUAAGCCAAAGGAUUACUGUGAACAGCGCCACAUAGUGUUUACUGAGGAUCUGAAUGUGUGGAUUUCUUAUAUCUUUUUGACUGAAUAAAAAUGUUUUCCUAAAAUGUC